AUGUCGUCGUUCUACCAACAGCACAUCCCGCUCGUCCAGGAAGUCUUGGCUUCCUUUCACGAGAUUCUGCGCCACGGAAAGAGCUAUGCUGCGGAAAAGGCUCUGGACGAGGCAGCUCUGUUGCAGGCUCGGCUGGCGCCGGACAUGCUCGACUUGCGGCAGCAGCUGGGCUGUGUGGUUCGCUACGUGAACCGAGUGCUCGAAAUCGGCCAAGUGGGGGUGGCCAAAGAGGUGAGCGAGCAAGACGCCACCUUCGAUUCGCUUACUGCCGUCAUUGACGCGGUCCAGGCUCAGCUGGCCAAGAUCCAGCCCGAGAGGUUCAACGCAAACCAGCACGGCUCGGUGCGGUGUGUCAGCUAUCCGUCUGGCUAUCGUGCGACAAUCCCAGACAAUGCGCUGUUCAUGUCCAACCUGCUGCGCCCGCUGAUCUUCUUCCACCUGACCACGACGUACAACAUCCUGCGCAACCAAGGGGCGCCGCUGGGAAAGGCCGUGUACAUGGCGCCCUGGUGGAACCCGGUGUUUGAAGACGCCUGGCAGAACUGCGAUCCUCCUGCCGCGGAUCCGGAAGCUGUCCAGCAGCACGGCGGCCCCAUUGAUAAGUAA